AGUCGGCGUCUGCGGCUCGGGCUGGCGCUUCGGGUGCCCAGGGCGAUGGAUCCCCAGUGGAACGAAGUGCGCGCCUUGGAGGCGGAGAUCGCAGCGCUGCAGCGGGAGUGUAGGAUGCUGCCGGAGCCCUCCAAAAAGACGUCCGCAGACCGAAGAUUAUUUCAAGAAAUAUAUCAAUCAAAUUCUGAAGGAUUGGAAUCUUCAAAAGAUCUGAGAGGUCAGCUUGAAUAUUUAAAAUCAGAGCUUUCAUUUCUAAGUAAACUUACUGGUAUCAAUAUAAGAAAUUAUUCCAAGAAGAUAGAAGACGUAACAAACACUGAGAUGACAGACGAGGCUACAAAGAAAGUUCUACAGAGACACAGAUUAUCAGGAAAUUGCAGCAUGAUUACAUUUCAACUCGAAUUUCAAAUUCUGGAAACUCAGACUAAUGGAAAAUUAUCUUCUGUAAUUACUGACCUCAACAUAAUACUGGAACCCACUGACUGUUCAGAAUUAAGUGAAUUUGCGUCUAGAGCUGAAGAAAGAAGAGACUUGUUCAUGUUUUUCCGAAGCCUGCAUUUUUUUGUGGAGUGGAGUGAUUAUCGUAAGCGCACAUAUAAGCAUUUUAAGGAAAAGUACCCAGAGACUGUGCACCUCUCCGAGGGGGCCCAUUCCCAGUGCAUGGAGAUCCGCAGCACCAGCAGGCCAGGGUUUGAAUUGGUGGUGGUUUGGAGGAUACAAAUUGAUGAAGAAGGAAAGGUUUCACCAGUGCUGGACCUUCUCACCAAGGUCCCACUGCGAGCCCUGAAGCUGGACAAGAACAGAGUCAUAGAAACUGCUCCUCGGAGCUUCCGAACCCUGCUAGGAGUCCUUGGAAUUGAAGCUGCUCUAGAAAGCCUGAUAAGACUGCUUUCUGCGGAGAACAUGCAGGACGAAGAUGCCAGACUGAGAAGCUUACGUUGAGUAUAAGCAUCUAUAACAUUUGAUCUUUUUCUACUUAGAAAUCACUCCCUUCAAAUUCACUAUGUAUGCAGUAGUGGAACUCCUAUGAAAGAUAAAUACAACCUUUCAGGUAUAAAACAUCAAAA